GCGUACACCUGGCUAUAAUAAAGCCCGAGGAAAGCGAAAGCCUUUGUGUUGGAUAAAAGAGAUGUGUGUAGACGUUGUUUCAUCUUGAUUCUGAUGACUUUAUACAGUGCGUGACAGUUCAGCUCCCAGCAUGUACUCGAAGGGGAAAGGAUCCACGGUACCCUCGGAUGCCCAAGCUCGAGAAAAGUUAGCACUCUAUGUAUAUGAAUAUUUAUUACACGUUGGAGCACAGAAAAGUGCACAGACUUUCCUAUCGGAGAUACGAUGGGAAAAGAACAUAACAUUAGGAGAACCACCUGGGUUUUUACAUUCAUGGUGGUGUGUAUUUUGGGAUUUAUAUUGUGCAGCUCCAGAGAGGAGAGAAAACUGUGAUCAUUCUAGUGAAGCUAAGGCAUUUCAUGAUUAUGGCUUUGUAAAUUCAGGGUACGGGGUAAAUGGUAUAGCACAUAAUGCAGCAGCACCUAGUCCAUUAGGUCAAAUGAAUCCUCAGGACGGUAUGCCUGGGGGACCAAUGCCACCAGGGUUUUUCCCUCCUGGAGCUUCUCAACAGUCCCCCCACGCCCAGCCACCUCCUAACCACCCCAUGAUGGGACAAAAUCAACCUUUUAUGUCUCCUCGAUACCCAGGUGGGCCGAGGGGCCCUGGCCCCGUUCGAAUGCCGCCCAAUCAAGUUGAUUUCAAUCCACCAGGAAGUGGUUCAGGUCCAAUAAUGCCCAACAGUAUGGAACCCCGGCCAGGUCACCCUGGCAUGGGUCCGAUGGGUCCUAGGAUGCCACAUGGGAGAAUGCCAGGGCCAAUGAAUCCAUAUGAUUCAUUAAGUUAUGGCGGUAUGCGAGGUCCACCACCAAACAACAUGGGUCCAGGAGGACCAAUGCCUCCUAUGUCUAUGCCAGGGGGACAAGGAAGUCGACCUUGGGCACCAACCACAUCAUCAAUAAAUUACUCAUCAGCAUCACCAGGCAGUUAUAAUGGUCCUGGAGGAGGGGGACCCCCUGGAACACCCAUCAUGCCAAGUCCACAAGGAUCUCAAGGGCCAUUUUCUCCUGCCAGCCAUCAACGAAUCGGGUCAAGGCCAGAUUCUACAAAUUCAGGAGAUGGAAUGUAUGGCAUGAUGAAACCAGGAGGACCAGGUUUACCGGGUAUGCCAGGGCAGUUCCCUGGUAUGCCAGGCGGACCUGAAGGAGGAAUGGGCAUGGGGCCAGACAUGGGGCAGGUCAUGAAUGGUGGUGACUUAGAUGGCAUGAAGAAUUCCCCUGCAAAUGGCCCAGGAACGCCGCCGGUUAGCAUGGCAGGCUACGUAGGCGACGGCUUAGGUUACCAAGAUAAUGUAAGUCAGCUGAGUUUGUGAAAGGAUUUCAUCAACCUCUGAAAGAUGCUCAAAUGGACUACGACUGUUGCCCAAAGUAUUUGGAAGAGUCGUUGUAGUUUUGAUGUUUUGUAAAAGAAAACUACAUGAGGCAAACUGUGCCUCAUGAAAUAUAGGAAAGACAAAAUGACACUGUUCAUUUUUCACAUGAGAAAAAAAUUAGGAAGGGGAAUCUUAGUGCACAUAAGUUUUUGAAACAGAAACAGUAGCGGUUUCACUUACCAAAACCUUUCACCCCUGAAAUCAUACAUUUUUCGUUCACAUCACUGAUCAAUAAAAAAUUGUACUAAAAGUGCUUCAGAAUAGAAAGGGAUGAAAGGUUAUACAUGUGUGCGUGUUGCAAGGCCCACCCCCCAAACUUAACAAAAUAGUGUAACAAAAUCUGAUAUAAUCUGUCUUCUCUCAAUGGAGUAGAGCCACUUGUAAUGAACAUCACUCUGUUAAUGCUUACUGACACCAAACUCUCUCAUUAUCCUGUCUGCUCUGGGUUGAUGGGACACUUUGCAUGCCAUUUUCUGAAUGCCUUUAACGCUUUGAUCUUUCCUUUAUUUUGUGAUGACUUGCUUGAAUAAUUUUGAUUUAAUCCUCUUAUUUUCAUAUCCACUGCAUUUAUUUUUCGCUUUGUAAUGUGUUAUGCUUGAUAUGAAGAUCAACUGUCAAACAAUCUUGAUGGAUGCAAAAUCAUUUAUGGAAAUUUCCUGUUACAUUUCCAACCAACUGGGUUAAAGGAAUAAAUGGAAUCUAAAUUUGGGGGAAAUUUUAGUUUGAAUGUAUGUUGGUUGCCAACGAAUCUUGAUUGCAUACAUCUUAUAUAUCCACCAUGCCAUAUCAACUACAGUUGGAUGUCAAAAUUUCUUGAAUGUUUUUCACACGUGACUUCUCUGAUCACAGCAUGGCUGUAAUUGAUGAAUGAAAUGCAAUUUUUCGAAGUUCUCUCCCUUUGAAACUUUAAUGGAAAUCAUUAUGCUUCUAUACCAUCACAUUUAAACACCCUAGAAAACUUACGCAAAAACAAAGCUGUGUAUACCAUCACGUACCCCACAAAAUAUAUGCAAAAACAUGGACACAAGAAAGUUAAUUUUGGCCGUGGGCUGCAAUCUCUGUCCGUUUUUAAAAUGGUUUCCAAGCAAAAUCCCUGUGCAUGUCUGAAUCUGACACAAAGUAGCAAUCUGAUGAAGGGGAGUUAAUUUACCAAUCAUCCCAUGGUGUGUGAAGUUUGUUACUAAACUUUAUUUGAAGGGACCAGUAACAUAGAUAUUAAAUAUCAAGUCCUAACACAAAAGCAUAUAGUUGACCUCAUUGCUAAGUCAUGAAGAGUUAACUCAUAUUAUCAAAUCAUCAGUUUAUCAUGGGACAAAAUCAGUUUAGCUAGUAAUCCCACCUCAAUCUCCAUUUUUGACACUCUUUUUUAUGAAAUAGGGGGAGGGGUUAGUUGCCCUUGAAAUUUCAAUUGCAUGACGAUUUUUCUGUCUUUCUUCCUUUUUAUCUAGAUUUUCAAAUUUUAAGAAUUUUUUUUUUUUUAAAUUGGGGGUUAUUGGAAAUUUGACUGAAUUUUCCAGCAUCAACUGACCGUUGAUAUUGUGUGAUUUUGCAGGACCAAACCGAAUCCGCAGCAAUCCUCAAGAUAAAAGAAUGUAUGGCGGAGGAAGCUAAGCGGUUCGAAAAAGACUCCGAUCAGCCUGAAUAUUAUAUACCACAAUAAUAUAUCAUCCCAUACAUUUUUUUGUUCAGAAACAAAUCUCGUCUUUAUUGUAAAUUUUUUGUUAUUUAUAAGUUAUAUGACUUUGCUGUCUAUAGUGACCAUCGCGAGAAUGUUUUAUUACGAUGGAAGUGGUCAUGAUUAUUAAAAUGGUGCUUUGUUUUUAUGUUAAACUGGGUCUUUUUGGAAGCCAAAGGACUGGGGAUGCAAAAUCAGUAGCCCUUUAAACCCCCGCCCUCCACCCCAAUUUAGUUGAAAUUUAUUUUCAGUUGCUAAAUGCCUUUAUAAACAAUAAGUAGGCAAAAUAGGGUUUUAAUCAUACAGUUUGCGUGAGAUGUCGUCAUUGUCAGUUGUGGCUUUUCAAAUCCUUUUCCUUUGCAUUUUUGUUAACUGCCAUGUUCAACUUAAUUUAUGAAAACUUCAUUUACCCAUAUUUUGAAGGUGCUUUUAACACAUCUACACAAGUAAUAUAGAUUUGGUGCAAAUCAGUAUUUUUAUCUUUACACACGACAACAGGAAAAAGCAACAGUAGGUUGUGACAUCAUCAUAAUAAAAUCAUCACCACCCGCAUUUCCCAACUUCUUGAAAAUCACAAACCCCUUUUGUGGCCCCUCUCCUUUGGUUGGUCCAGCCCAGUUUUAUUUUUAUUUAUAUGUGCUGAUCACUUAUCUAUGACUGAAACGACACUUUUUUUUACAUUAGACCAAAAGACACAUCAGGAUUGUUUGCGCAAGAAAUAGUCUUUGAGCCACAAAUGCCGCCACUUUAAUUUUAUAUUGUUAGCUUUAUAAGUAGAAGCUAAUUUGUCUAUCGCUUUAGUAUUAACAUUUAACAGAAUUUACUCAUUAUUUUUCUGCCUCUUACAUUUACAUAUAAUUUAUUUUUUGGUUAAUCUGCAUGUCCGAACAUUGAAUUGAAAAAAUACUUGUUUAUAAAGAAUGGUUUCCAAGGAAAAACCAGAGGAAAUUCUGGCCAAAAUGCAUUGACCUUAUUUUUCUGUUCUGUGUUUUUUUUGGUCACCAUGUCGUGUUUUUAUGUGUUUUAACCCUAUUUUUUUCCCCCGCCUAUAAUAGACAGGAAACUAGCGCUAAGUGUAUACAAAUGGUGAAAUUAAAUCUCCAGAUCUGUUUCUCCCUUCCGUGUGGCUUUGUUCUCUGGCUUGUCAGAUUAUUUCUGUACAAUUUCUAGCACACACCCACUUUAUGUCUCUGUAUAUGCACUUAGUAUUGACAUCACUAUAUAGCUGCAGUCGGGGUGUUACAGAUCCUCAGAAACAAAUCGAACUGUUCUGACAUCAACUUUAAAACAGUUCUAUUACCAUGAACUCUGACCCAGAGGUCAAGAGAUAUUUUGUUGGAAUUUUUAAACCAUAUAUGAUAUAUAUGUAUACAAUUAUCAUGUGUUUUUUUUUCUAUUUAUUUGUCAUUGUUCAUUUCCCAUAUUUUUUUCACAUAUGUCUCAAAAUUGUAUGAUCAUGUGAAAGAAUAUUUUUCAUUUGAGUUAUUAUGGUUAUUUUUUGUAAUGCAUUUAAUCCACAGUUUAAAGAUUAUAGGUGACAUAGAUCGAAUACAUGGGUUGGAACCACAGAGUGAGUGACUAUUUUAUCGUAAACCUUAGCAAGAGGUCUACAAUCAUUUCAAAGAAGGUAUAUUUUUAAAACUUCUUUUUUUGCAAUUUAAAUGACAAAGUUUGAGAGGUGUACCACAUACAUGAGAGACUGAAAGAGUGAUGAUAGAGAAUUUUAUUCCUCAUAAAGCAGAGAAGUACCAGUUUAUGUGCAUAGCCAUCAGUAACCUCAUCUUCAUAUGUGUAUAAUACAAGUGGUGGAUAAAAAAAACAAUUUUUUGAAAAUAUCAUGAACAUUUACUGUAAACAAUUUCAUCUUGGAGCACGAGGUAACACACAUUCAAGGUGUCUGUACCUUAUGAAUUGUAUUUCGCUCUGUGAAUGCAGGCAUAAUAUGAUGUGAUCGGACAUUCUGCACCAGUAUGGAAGUCUUGCCUUGAUACCAAAGAGCAGUUUAUUUUGUUAUCAGGGGAGGGAAUUUAUAUUUUGGUUGUGAAAGGUAAACAACUGUUUAAUUGAUAUACUUCAUUCAUUACACCAUCUGGCCAUAAGGAGGAUGGUCGCUUCAUUAAUAAUUUGUUUUCAGAGAGAAUAAACUUAUUUUUAUUCAUCAGGGUUUUAAUGCUUUUUCACAAAUAUUUAAUGAUCAUUAAAAUGAUACAUUCAAAAUGCAAAUUUUUCCACAUGUUUGUUUCUCUGUGAAAGGGAAAUUCCUGUUGUGAAAUGAUAAUCAUUUUCCCAUGACGAUAUUUGAAAUGAGAAUCAGUUAACACACAAAAUAUGUUCAUCUACAUUCAAGAAUGAAUAUGUUGCUUGAAAUGAAAAAAAAAAUUUUAAUUGUGUUCAAAACAUUUAAUGCAUUUAAAGAGUGAUUUUUCUUCUUCAUUUCUUUAAAGGUAUUUUCUGUAAACAAGUUACAUGUGUAGUCGUGGAUGACCAUAAACUUUUUUCCAAGUUUUUUUUUUUUUGUGGUGUGAAUGGACAUUUAUCAUGUUUGCAUUUUCCAGUGUGGAAUAUGUUCAUACAGACUUUUUUUCUCAAAUGGAGACAUUACUUCUGUGUUUUUCUUGUGUUGAUGUAUUAGAUUUAAGGAUCUGAUGGAAGAUAAAUGAUAGCAAACAGUUUACGCAAUAUAUAUAUAUAUAUAUAUAUAUAUAUAUAUAUAUAUAUAUAUAUAUAUAAAUUUCCGCUGUUCAUAAUGAUCUUUUUCUCUGUUAUUUAUAACUUGUAUUGGGUGUUAUUCCUUGAGGGAAAUUGAGAGUUCUUUGUGAAAUAACAGACUUUCUUUUCGUCCAGUUUUCAGUUGAUGCUUAUUUUCUAACAAUAUACCUUAACACACUCAGGUAAAAACAUUUGAACAGUGUUGGGGAAUUAUUUAAGUUUUUGUCCACAAUCUUGCCACUGUAUAAUUCUAAAGAUUGGGUUGUGAUUCAUAUUUAAAGUAAAAACCCUCUAUCCUUUUCAAUUCUUCAUGCUAGGCACUAGAAGAAAAAAAGCAUCGGCCUCCUUUGAAAAUGAUAGACUUUUUUGAAAGAGUAUGGACAGAAACUACUGAUGAAAAACAAAGCCUGUUGUUUUUAGUUUGUUUUUAGAUAAAGCAGUUUUGAGCCUCUCAAAUUUGAUCUGUGAAUUUUUUUGUUACUUUACAGAUAUAUUGCCUUGUACAUUUUUGUUUUUGCAAGAAGUAUGCAUUUUAUAUCGAGUAUUAUCUCCCUUUCAUGUUCAUAAUCAACGGCUGUAGUGUAUGGUGUUUUCUUUUUCAUUAUUUUCCCCAACAUUGUUGAUGUUCUAGUGAUGAUCAAGUGUAUGAUGAUUAUUAUGUGAAGAUGGAUGAUGUAAAAGGUUGCAAUCAAAAAAACAGUGAAAUGACAUGGCAAUAUAUUCCCAAAUACAAAUAUACAAAAGUUGUUGUCGACAUUGUGUAAAUAUUUCAUAUCCCAUUUUUCUGUAUGGAAGUCAAUGGUCUUAACAUACAUAUUUUUAUUUCCUGUACAGCCAUACACAUCAAUUGAUCUGUCUAGAUGUGUAGUAGCAAUUAUCAAUGUUCCUGUUGUUAAACUAUCACCAUUAAAUUUUUUUUUAAUGAAGGAGUUAAAUGACUAAGGAAACCCUCAUUGUAUCUCGUAUAAAUUCAUGCAUUUUAAUAUAUAUAUAUAUAUGUAGAAAACAAAAAUCUCAUAUGAAAAAUCAGUUGAGGUUGUUCUCAUUUUUUUUUUUACCUUGGAGAUCAAAUAGUGUGGUUGUUUCCUUGGUGACUUAACUCCCCUGAAUUACAUUGAUAGUUGCCGUUUAGUCAUAUGUCUGUUUAGUAUGUUGGCUGUAUGUUUCUGUAUUGUACAAGAUCUUCUGUAGUCAAUAUUGACUGGAAGCUCCAUAAUGAUGGAAUAAAUUAUCAGCGAGAACAUUCUAA